AUAAAAUAACAAUACAAAUAUGAGUUUAAUAUUUGGUCAAUUAGUAAUUGGUCCACCAGGGAGUGGAAAAACAACAUACUGUCAUGCUAUGGGCAAAUUUUUAGAAAAGCUUGGUAGAAAAGUAGCUAUUAUUAAUAUUGAUCCUGCAAAUGAGAAUAUGGAAUACACACCAGUAAUAGAUAUAUCUGAAUUAAUAAAGCAUGAGGAAGUAAUGUCACAUUAUAAACUUGGACCAAAUGGAGCUUUAGUUUACUGUAUGGAAUUUUUAGAAGCCAAUGUAAAAUGGCUAAUUACAAAGAUCUUAAAUUUGAAAGAUCAUUAUCUUAUUAUUGAUUGUCCUGGCCAGGUUGAGUUAUACACACAUCACAAAUCAGUCAGCACAAUUGUCGAGAAAUUAAGCCAGAAUUUGGUAAGGUUGUGCAGUGUACAUCUUGUUGAUUCUCAUUAUUGUAGUGAUGCUGGUAAAUAUUUGUCUUCUUUAAUUUUAUGCACGACAACUAUGUUACAACUAGGAUUACCUCAUGUUAAUAUCAUGACAAAAUUUGAUGAAAUGAAAAAAUUUAGCCACUGUCUAGAUUUUAAUAUAGAUUUUUAUACUGAAGUGCUUGACUUAAAAUACUUGUUGGAUAAGCUGGACGAAGAUCCAUUUACAUCAAAGUAUAAAAAAUUGAAUACAGCUUUUGUAUCAUUAAUAGAAGAUUAUAGUCUUGUUAGUUUUAUACCAUUAGAUGUUUCCAACCAAGCUUUAUUACUACAAGUAAAGAAUGCUGUAGAUAAAGCUAAUGGCUAUAUUUUUGGUGGAAACGACCCUCAAGAUGUUCAAACUUUACUUGCAUGUGCAGUAGGAGCAGUAAGUGAAACUGAAAAGAUGUCCACAGUAGAUGCAUACUUCUAAAGAAUUUAUUUUCUAAAAAUAGCCCAGUUAAUAAUAUUUUUUUCAUAUUACUAUCUUUUAGUAUUUUAAAAAAUG